AUGGCGGCCACAAGUGGUUGGAAGGAUACCGGGAAGAGCAAUAACUGGGUUUUAAACAACGACAAGUACACAAAACUUGUCAUGGACGUUGCGAAGUUCCUGGACUUCAACUUGAAAGAGUCCUAUCGGGACAAAAACGGGCAGGCGCUCCCCGAAGAUGAGGGGCGGUUCCACGCUUGCCACGCGGAGAAGAAAUUGGCCCUUUAUUGGGUCAUCGCGGCUUUGAAUGUGGUUCUCAAGACCACAGAUGUCAGGCGCAUGGAAGAAUUGCGCGAUGCCCAAGUUCAUGGCAUGCUCAAGAGGGCGAUGAUCGUUAUGGAUCACGGCCCCUGCGCCAAUUGUUGGGACUUCCUUCAAACUAUCAAAUGUACGACCGGGCUGAAGAUAUACGUUACGACUCACCCGUUCGUCGUCAGGGGCAAGCGUGAGAGCGUCACCGGGUGUCGCAAAUGCAAUUGCGACAGGUGUGUCCGCCAGUUUCAGGCGGGCGAGGGCUUGAAUUCAAGCCGGGCUCGGGAUGGGGACGAACAAGGGGGUGGUUCUGUGGGUUGGGACUUCGACUCCGAGGACGGGGAAUCCGAUGCCCAAGUCAAUAUGGAAGACGUGAAUGCUCUUAGUAUCGAGGAUGAUGGAGAUGAUGUUGAAGUACGCCGGCCACAGAAAGAGCCCAUCCAGUCCGCUUUCCAGCGGACGAACGCCAUCGCCCCGUCAGAUUGGAAGGUGUUUCCAUCCGCACCAGACCAGCCGCCCUGCGCGAAACCCAGAACCCGCGCCGUGGACCCGAAGUCAUUCCAGGAAUUCCUUGAGGAAGGCGGUGAUCACCGCAGGCUCUCCAGUGCCUUUCUGUCACAACAACCAGAUCGGUCGCCCUACGACCCUUCCUCUGGCACCACUCCAAGCAGCUCACAACUGCCCGACCCCAUCUCGACCGUGGCGGGCAAAUCAGGCUACUUUGCCUCGCCAGCACCUGAGCGGGACCAUCGGGCAGGUAGAUUCGAAGUGUCGAUCCCGGAGCUCGACCGCCGUCGUCGCGCAGAGUUUGAUAGUGUUUCGGAGAUCUCCCGCGCGGAGUCGUAUAGUCGCCGCAACCGGGACAGGGCUGAGAGCAGCAGGAGGAAACCGAAGAGUCAGAAGCCGAGCAAUCGCGCAACAGUUCAGCAGUCACUAAGCGUUUUAUACCUCAGACAGAGAUUCACAUACAACGGUAACAACAACAAGGAUAACCGACUCUCUUCUCCGUCCGCGACAGCUCCGCCGCCGCCACCUGCAGCCACGUCGUCGACGAUGAGGAAGAAGAGAGCUAAAUGGGCCCAGAACCGGGCUAAGAAGUCGGGUUCGCACGUGGGGAGCAAAAGAGAGGCCCAGAUGCGAGACAGGAGUGUGUUUGCGCGGGCCGUGGCAUACCAACGUCGCGGUCAGAAUUAG